AGCCCAUCACCCCCCUCUGCUGUCGUCAGCCUGCCAACUGCCUGCUGCCUUAAGGAGGGCUAUAGUCAGGCAGUCUGAAGGGUGGGGGAGACGGCUCUGCCCGGGAAACUGAGGUUGACUGCAGCCCCAGGACCAUGAACAACAGCACCUGCCCUAUCACCAACUUCCUGUUGGUCACACACAUCCUCUACGCCUACCUGGGCCUGCUGCUGCUGCUGGGCCUGCUGCUCAACGGCCUGGCGCUCUGGAUGUUCUGCUGCCGCCUGCGCAAGUGGACAGAGACCCACAUCUACAUGGUCAACCUGGCCGUGGCCGACCUCUGCCUGCUCUGCACUCUGCCCUUCAUGCUCUUCUCCAUGAAUAAGGACAAUAGUGCUGACACGGUACUCUGCCAGCUCUCCCAGGGCAUCUACCUGACCAACAGGUACAUGAGCAUCAGCCUGAUCAUGGCCAUCGCUGUGGACCGCUACGUGGCUGUGCGGCACCCGCUGUGUGGCCGCGGGCUCCGCUCCCCGAAGCAGGCCGGGGCCGUGUGUGCAGUGCUCUGGGUGCUGGUGGUCGGCUCCCUGCUGCUUCGCUGGGUCCUGAAGGACCAAGAGGGUGGCUUCUGCUUUGGGAACCCCUCCCGGCAAAAUCCCCAAACCGUGGUCUUCUCCCUGUUGGGCUUCUACCUGCCGCUGGCCGUGCUGGUCUUCUGCUCUCUGCAGGUGGUGACUGCCCUGGGCCAGAGGCCAGCUGCCGACGUGGGCCAGAUGGAGGCCACCCGGAAGGCUGCCUGCAUGGUCUGGGCAAACCUGGUGGUGUUCGUGGUCUGUUUCCUGCCCUUGCACGUGGUGCUGACGUGGCGAUUGGCCACAGGCCUGAACACCUGUGUCAUUCAGGACAUCGUCUACAUUACUGGCAUGGUCUCGGAUGCCAAUUGCUGCCUGGAUGCCAUCUGCUACUACUACAUGACCAAGGAGUUCCAGGAGGCGUCUGCAUUAGCCGGGACUCCCGCUGCCAAAGCUCACAGGAGCCAGGACUCUCUGUGUGUGACUGUGGCCUAGGAGACGACACAGGUGUGUGGGGAUCAGAUCCAGGGCUCUCCAGGAGGUGCUGCCUGCUGGGGAGGGGAGGGGGACUGUGACCAGUAGUGAA